AUGAAAAACGGAUCACCUUCGAAGUGGACUCUUUCAGUAGAUGGCUCAAGCAAUGUGAAUGGAAGUGGGCUCGGCGUUGUACUUAUUACACCAGAAGGGGAUAUCAUCCAACGGGUCAUACGAUGUGGGUUCAAGUGCACAAACAACAAAGCCAAAUAUGAAGCUCUUAUUGCUGGACUCUCUCUGGCCAAAGAGAUCGGAGUAAGGAAGCUAGAGGUAAAAUUCGACUCUCAACUCAUAGUCAACCAGCUACAAGGCACUUACCAAGCCCGAGACUCGAAGAUGACAACCUAUUUGAACUUGGUCAAAGAAAUGCAAACCGCCUUCGAAGAAUUCUCUAUCACCCAAGUCCCAAGAGCGGAGAAUACCCAUGCUGAUGCCCUUGCCAACCUCGGCUCAACCCUUCAAGGCUCCUCCCAAUCGUCCAUUCCACUACUAUUCCUCUAA